AUGGUGUAUCCUCCUUGUUACAAGGACAUCGGUUUCUGGAUCAAUGAAUCAUUUACUGAAAAUAAUCUGUGUGAACUUGUUAGAGGAAUUGCUGGGGAUCUUGUAGAAGAGACUGACACAGCCUCAGUGUUGUUAAAAGCUAUUGGGUAUAUCAGAUUCCUUCAGAGUCAAAUUGAGAGCUUCAGAGAUUUACACAACCAUGUAAAAGUGACGGUUCUCUUGAUUUUUUGGUGGUUGGUGAUUGGGGAAGAAGAGGUGAAUAUAACCAAUCUGAAGUUGCUUACCAGCUACUGCAUGAAAACUGCUUGAAGAGGAAAGUACCUACUAGUGAACAGGUAUGAUUAUUGCCCUCUUCA